GGCGUGUGCCGAGCACGAGAGUAAUGCGGCAGCGAGGGCUGCGCUGCCUGGGCGUGCGGCCGUCAGAGUGGCGUACAACAGGCUCGUCUCCAGCGUGGGGCACGUUUGUGUGCGCACAAGUCAGCUCACGUUUCUCGCUGAGCCCUGAUUAUCUGAGAUCAGCUGAAAUGACUGAAGUGAUGAUGAACACCCCAGCUAUGGAUGAGAUUGGGCUAAGCCCCCGCAAGGAUGGCCUGUCAUAUCAGAUUUUCCCUGAUCCCUCGGACUUUGAUCGUUACUGUAAGCUGAAGGACCGUCUGCCCUCAAUUGUGGUGGAGCCGACAGAGGGUGAUGUGGAGAGUGGUGAGCUGAGAUGGCCACCUGAAGAGUUCCUUGUGCAGGAGGAGGAAGAGGAGGAGGAAGAAAGCUGUGAAGAUGCAAAGAAGAACAACAAGGAGCAAUAAACGUCAUCUGAGGAAAGGCAAGGGACUGCACCCUUCUGAAAGAAGAGCCACACUUCUUUUGAAAGUCUUUUUUUUUAAAAAAAGACAAGUUCAAUUUUGCACCUGCAAGAUCUUAGUUUUUUUGUAUUCUCUGUAUCGAGAACUGAAGCCCUCGAUGUGACAGAAUCACCAGUCCUUCUGAGGAAGGAAGGAAGUAACGCAGAGAAAUGUUUGCUGUUCUCGAGAUCACUAUCUGAAUUUUUCCGAGGCUGAGGCAGCAGAGAAAUUCCAAGUGCAUGGCGGAGGGCAAACACAUGAGGAAUGCUUGAGGGGGGAGCUUGGGGAGGGAGAAUAAAGAAGUAAAAUGCAGCAGUGUUCAGCCGAGAACUGCCUCUAGCUAAAAGCAUGAGAAUAGUCAUCUCUCAGAUUUGCCUUUCUUAAAGCUUCCAUUUUUGUGUGUUUGGGGGUAGAAGGGUGUCUGUAGUGAAGUAUCACUAAAUGCUCUACUGACAAGGGGCCUGUAGUUUUUUCCCCAGUCCAGCACCUCCUAGAGUAAUGUGAGCAUCUGUAGGGAGUAGUGGGUUUCUUGCUCUAGCUGUUGAGCCUGUUCCAGCCACUUUCCCAAAGCUGUUUUCUCCCCUCUCUUUGCCUUUAGACUCUUCAAUGCUGAACAGCUGUAUUUGCAGGAUAAUGUUAGGCUGCUGCUUGUCAUCUAUACUGCAAGGCCCUAGUUGAUCUUGCAGAUGGUUAGCAUGAGGUAAUGUGAAUCUGAUGUAAAGACUCUUCUGUCUGCAGCAAGAGCUAGCGUAGAUUUAAACACCUCGGAUUUCUCUCUCCUGUUUGCCGGGGCUACUGUGAUAAGUCUCAUCUUGCUACAGUGCCCAAAGCCAACUGUAUCCAGAGGGUGGGCUUACACCUGAUGUCUUUGAGGCUGUAUGGUUUCAUGUCUCAAACUUGUUGGUCACCAGGCUUGUGAGGACCAGGAUGGGGGAUCUCCUCCAGCUUCGUGAGCUGCAGGGCCUCCUCAAAGCCCUGGCAGUGCAGGACAGGCCUGAUUGCUCCCCUGUGGGGUGCGCAGGGCAGGGACAUGCUGCCUAACCUGAGCGGGGAGGUAACCCAAAGGGGAAACACCAGAUCUAGCAAGGAUCAUCAGUGGGAGAGGGGGGUUUUGCAGGAGAGGACUGUUCAGAGAGUAUUGUACUGUGUAUCCUAGACAGGAAAUGCUUCUGGCUUGUAACAAGAGAGAGACGUGCAGGGGUGUUUAAUGAAGUGCAGACAGGUUUGUGAAGUCUGUAGUUACAGCGUUUUUACCAUAUCCUGUUCCAAGGAGAAGUAAUCUGUCUGUGUUUGGGGAGGAGGGAGGUCUGCUGCAGGACAGGCUAACCCUCUGCUUUCCUGGAAAGUGAUGAUCUAGCAGCUUUGUGAACCAGCUUGGGAGCCAGUUGGUUUUGGAAUUGGAUGAGAACAGUUACCACCUAAACCAAAUCUGGGUCAUGGAAGAAGAAAAAGAAAUGUCAAGGCCUUAACCAAACUUUCAUAAUAAUCCCAAUGCCACCCCCCCCUUUGCUUAUAACUGGUUCCAUUUUUAAAAUCUAUUUGGACAUGUGUGUAUUUGUAUUUUUAAUACCUCAUGAGUAGUUAAACGCUGGUGGGGGUUGAGAAUUGCUUUUAACGUAUUGGCAGGAUUGUUUUAGUCUUGUCUUGCUUGUGUAUAAACAUAAUGGCAAUAACUUAUCAGCUCUGCAUUACUGUUUCAGACAGAUGAGAUUGGAGACUAGUUAGCACACAGCAGGAGAAAUUCAGUGUCCUGACACUGCAGCUGGUCUCUUCCUAUUCUGGCAACCCAGAACCAGUUACGCAUGCUCCCUGCCAGUUUUGGGGGACAGUUUAUCACUGAAUGGUCAUGAUGUAGUGAUACCAUUUUCUCUGAACAAUGGAUUCAGCUGUUGUAUCCGUAACACGUGUUCUAGUCUUGCUGUCUUACUGGAAUGAGCUUGUACACCUGCAUACCAGCCAGUCGUCUUAUUUUUAAGUGUUACUCUCUAUUGGUCUCCAGUCUGUACCACCAAGUUCAAAGCUGUUUAUCAAAGAUACUACCAUGUGGGCAGCAAUGAGAUGGCAAUCCUUGGACUUCACAUCUGCUGUCUGCCCUGAAGACUUGCAUAUUUCUGUCUGCAUCCUUUUUUGGAAGUAUUGUGUAUAUUUCUAUUUGUUGUUGAACGUAUCUAAAGAACAAAGCACUCCAGUAAAACUCCUCCUGUUGUAUGAUAUACAUUCUAUAUUUCUGUAAUUCUUUUUUGAGCCUCAGGGAGAAGCUAGCAUUUUUUUCAAACUACAUUUUUGUCACUGUGACAGUUGUAAAUAAAGUUUGAAAAUGCUUUCCAAACA